AUGAGCCUAUUGCACCAAAACAACAGUUUCAAAAACCAGAUCUGCUAUAAUCUCGUAACUCAGGUUUUGAAACUCGCAGAAAAAAAAUGUUGUUGGAAGGUGUUCUGGUUUGAAGGCGAGCUCCGUUUUUUUGGUUGUUGCUGCUGUGAAUUCGCGGGUUUUGUGUAUUUGAGAGCUGAUGAACAAUUGGGGUCUAUGGAAAACAAGCUACGAGUGAAGGUGGUCCCUGAGUUUUUUUGCGAGUUACUCGGGCUCUUCUAUGCUAGAAACAAGAAAAUUUCUGAUGCGCUCUUAACUUCAACUCCAGCAUCUUCAUAA